AUGGUGUGCAUCCAAAUUGGGCAUUCCACAUCGGCCCCACCUCCGGCCAGCCCAUCUAGGGCAGGUCCGCCUUUGGCAUUGUACAAGGCCCUCGACCAUGACGUUCCCCCAUCUAUCCGUUCUCGCCCAGAGCUAACACGUCUUCCUCUUAGGAUUGACCCCGCGAUCCGUCUACGACGCGCCAUCCACGCCGACGACGCCCUUCUCGUCGAGCGCAUCCUCCGAUCCCACGCGCACCUCCUGCACAACCCGGACACCUCGGCCGCCGGGCAGUCCAACUCGAACCUGCACCUGGCAGCCUCGCUCGGCCACGCGGCCGUGUGCUCGGCGCUGCUCGCCGCGGGCCACGAGGACCCGACGUCGGCGCUCAACGAGAAGCACCAGACGGCGCUGAUGCUGGCCGCGGCGGCGGGCCACAGCGAGGUGGUGCACCUGCUGUGCGAGCGGGACGCCCGCUGCGUGCUGCGGCGCGACGCCCGCGGGCGCGACGCCGUCAUGGACGCCUGCGCCGGCGGCCACGACACCGUCCUCCAGCUGCUCCUGACGUACAACCCGGGCGGCCCGCUCGAGGCCGUCCAGAGAGCCGACGCAGAGGGAAACACGGCGCUGCACUUUGCCAGCGCCAGCGGGAGCCUGCUGUGCCUGCGCACGCUGCUGGCGGCCGGCGCGGACGUGGACCGCCGCAACAUGUGGAACUGGACGCCGGCGGCGUACAGCGCGACGGUGCAGGCCGAGGUGUAUCUGAAAGGGCUGGUGUCGGAGGCGGGCAGACGGCGAAAGGGAAGUGUGGACAAGCAACAGCAGCAGCAACAGCAGCAGCAGCAGCAGCAGCAGCAGACGUCGCCGCGGAAGAUUGGGCUGGGCAUGGUGAGAGUGGUGCCGGAUUACAGCGAUGAUGAUGAUUAG